GAAACACGCUUUCCGUUUCCACGAACCAACCUCUGACUAUACUCGGACACCCGAACCUGGUACUUACACCUGCCAGUGUUUUUCUUUGACGCUCUCACCAAAAUCAUCCAACGAGGUUGUAUAUGCACAAGUAUUCAUCAUGAAGCACGGUAUAGCAUUUCGCAAGUUUUCGAGAACGUCCUCGCACAGAAAUCUAAUGCUUCGCAAUCUGGUCACUUCUCUUUUUGAGCACGAACAGAUUACAACUACUCUUCCCAAGGCUAGGGAUGCAGCGAGACUAGCAGAGAAGAUCAUCACACUUGGUAAGAAGGGCGACAUACCAUCAUACCGUCGAGCACAGUCGUUCGUUCUCAACGCUACCCUACUCCCGAAAAUAUUUGACACAUUCGCAUCGCGCUACUCUUCUCGGCCAGGCGGAUACACCCGAAUCCAUAAAUAUGUGAACCGUCGAGGUGACAAUGCACCAACAGCUAUUCUCGAGCUUGUCGACAACCCACGAGAUCUCAAGGUAGAAAUGACUGCACGCGCUAUAGGGAAAGAUAUACUCGACGGAAGAUUACAACGCGAAACUCCUAAUCAAGUGAUUAAUAGAGGAGUGACUGGCACGAAAGAUGUCAUGAAGAAGGAACUUAGUCUAGGAAGUAGUGAAGCAGGCGAGCUAAGGCCGAGAACGCGAUGGAAUCUUCAAAAGGUGAUGAAGUACAGAGGCAACGAGGCACUUUCUGAUGUGGGGAAUAAAGCAACUCUGUUCAUUGAAAACCUAUUAGCCAAACCUCUUCAACAACACACCGCGAUGACUAGAGAACUGGCCAAGAGGAAAGCGCAUGACGAUAUGGCUCUAAAACCAGCUGAAGUCGGCAAACUCGUCCUGUCAUCUCGUUCAGGAAUGGCUCUUCCGGGAGAAAAGAAACCAGCCAUGAAGCUUGUCCAGGGUGCGCUCGCACGUCCAUCAAGGCCACGUAAGAAGGGACCUGCUUGGUUUAGAGACGGGGCCCUCCAACAUGCCAAGUCUACGGUACUCAGUAUGCGCACGGUAUACAAGUAAUGACUCUAGCAAGGAGUUCCGCUAUAUUAUGUUCUUGUCCUCUCAUUUUAAUUUAGUUUGGAAUAUCCUGGAAUUUCGCUGCGUUGAACACGACUAGAAUUGAAUGUU